GUUAACUCGUGAAACUCUCGCUCUGUCUGUCGUACUAGUUUCUAAUUCAAUUCUCUCGAUUCUGACUUCUGAGCCGAGCCCUCUUCUCGAUCGGGAAGCUCUCCACAACGGAAAGUAGUGAUUCAGAGAGAAACCUAACAGUACACCCCCCCCCAAAAACCAAAAAAAAACCAAAAACCUUCGAGUGUGAGUAAAUGGAUUUACCACCGAUGAAAAACCCAAUGGACGACUUGUUCGGAGAAGAUUCCGACAACGACUCUCGAUCUUCGCGUUCGAAAUCAUCCUCUUCGGGUAACGCUUCUUCCUCCUCCUCCUCCUCUUCGUCUGGUUCAGCUUCCUCCUCGCGAGCUUCUUCCUCUAAAGGCGGUGAUGGAGAUGGUGGUGAUUCCAGCAGUUCAAGCGAUAGCGGAAGCAGCGGCGGGAAAGAGGAGCGUGGAGAUGACAUAGUCGAUAGCACUUAUAAUGGAGAUAGUGGGGGUUACGCCUAUGACAAUGAAGAAGAAGAGGAUGAUGACGAGAGAGAUCUUUUUGGGUCUGAUAAUGAAGAGUACACAAAGACACCUGCUUUAAGCACUUACUCAAUCCCUGUUUUGCCUGCGGGAUGGAGCAAUGACAACCAUGGUGGGAGAGGUGGGAUGGGACGUGGUGGGCGUUGGGCUAAUGGGAGAGGAGGAGGAGGAGGAGGAGGAGCUGGCCUUCUUCCUCGCCCCGGGCCUUUCCCUGGAGGAGGACGUGGUGGUGGCCGCGGUGGGAGAUACCAGAAUUAUCAGCGUGAUGAGCGUUUUGUCUCUGAGCUUAAACUUUCCAAGAGCAAAGAGACUUUGUCUAGGAAAUCCACCGUCUUUCAGGAGCCAUGUGAGCUUACCAGCUACAGUCGUGUCGAAAGUGGAGAAGUGUUCUUUGAUGAGCGAGGUUUGAGGCUUUUCAAGCGUCAUGUUUCCGAAGACAUUGGAGCGGAUUUAAAUCAAGGUUAUGAUACUUUUGUUGAGAAAAGAGAUCUGGCCUCUGAGGGCUUUGGUGACCUUCUUGCCAGCAUUAGAGCAAAAAACAUUUCGUUGGAGAACAUUCAUUUUGUGACAUUCCGUAAUAAUCUAAACAAGAUACUUGGUGCUGCUUACAACCGGCAUGAACCGUGGGAAAUGGGUGUGCAUAAGAGGAACGGGACCAUUUAUCUUGAUGUUCAUAAACUGCCUGAAAGGCCACAGAGUGACUUAGAUCGCCGCAGAUGUUACUGGGGGUAUUGUUUCGAAAGCCUUGCGACGGAAGAUCCAGGAAGAGCUUAUGGGGAAGAUAUACAUCACGUGGAUGCAAAUGUUGAGUUCGUUUCUGCUGUCAAGACUAAACUCGGAGCUCACCGUGUCCUGAUGGGUGCUGAAAUGGAUUGUUGCGACGAAACUGAUGAAGGAAGAAGGAUUUAUAUAGAGUUGAAAACCUCUCGCGAGUUGGAUGAUCGUACAGUAGAGAGAUUUGAGAGAGAGAAACUACUUAAGUUCUGGAUACAAUCAUUUGUAGCAGGAGUGCCAUAUAUUCUCGUUGGAUAUAGAGAUGAUGGAGGGAGACUAGUACGCACAGAAAGACUAAGAACAAAAGAUAUCGCACAUAGAGCCAGACUGAAAAACUAUUGGCAGGGAGGAGUGUGCUUGGCAUUUGCUGAUGAGGUUCUUUGCUGGCUAUACGGCACUGUUAAAGAGAACGAAGAUUACACACUACAGUUCGUGCACCCAUUCAUGAGGCUAGAGCUUCUUCAAGCUCAGUCAUGUCCUGAGGCCAUCACUAAUCAUGUUCACCUUCUUCAACAUCCUUCAUCACCCCCACUCCCACCUCAGUAACUCUUUUAAUGUAAUCUUUUUAGUACUUUAGUAUAUUCCAAAAUCAAAUUUUCUUUUAUACAAAGUUUUAGAUUUUGGAUUAUUUCAUGUAACUUAUAUAUUACCCAUCACAUACAAUGAAAAAAAAAAUCAGAAUUUUUCAUU